AUGAGUCCUAAAAACUGGACUCAGGUAACAGGGUUUGUCCCCCUGGGUUUCCCCAGGAGCCAUAUCCUGCAGUCUGUUUUCCUAAGGCCGCUGGUGGUCUACGUUGUAACUACCACAGGCAACCUACUCAUCACUGGAUUCAGCUGGAUGGACCAACGCCUGCACACACAGGUGUCCUUCUUCUUGUGGACCCUGUCCUUUCUGUAGCUGCUGCUCAUGUCCGUUGUGGUUCCCAAGAUGCUUGUCAUCCUCCCAGUGGACCACUCCAUCUCAUUCGCCAGCUGCAUCAUCCAGUCCUACCUCUAUUUCCUUGUAGGCACCACUGACUUCUUCCUCUUAGCUGUCAUGCCUCUGGAUCAUUUCCUGGCAAUCUGUAGACCCUGGCCAGCUGGGUUUCUCUGUGUCCUUUGCCCCUCCAUCCUCAUGGCCAGCCUACCGUUCUGUGGCCCCAGUGGUAUUGUUCACUUCUCUUGGGACAGUUGGCCCUCCCUGAGGCUCUCUUGUGGAGACAAUUGCCCACUGGAGCUGCUGGCUUUCGUGCUAUCCGCAUCAGUGUCGCUGGGCUCACUGGCACUGACCUCAAUUUCCUAUACCUGCAUUCUUUCCCCUGUUCUCAGGGCCCCCACAACAGCAGAGUGAAAGGAAGCGUUCUUCAUUUGUGCUUCACACCUUACAGUGGUGAUCAUUUCUCAUAGCAGCUCCAUUUUUCUCAACAUCCGUCUGCCAGAGACUCAGUCCAUGCUGUUCAACAAAGGGGCCUCGGUCCUGAACUAUAUCACCAUGCCCCUCCUGAAACUGGUCAUCUUCAGUCUCUGCAAUGAGAAGGUGAAGUGAGCCCUGAGAGAUGCCCUCAGGUGGAACUGA